AUGGCGAACAUGAUAUCUGAGAAAGCAAGGAUGGAGAACAAUUGGAAGGAACGACAAGAGCGACUGCAAGUAGAGAAUCCAAGUGGCUGCCCAAGUGGCUUCUUCUUCUUCUUCUUCCCAAUUUGCGGUGUUCUUGUGGUGGCUUUGGCUUCUGCAUGCACUGGCGUUGCGUUGCGUCUCGCGGGGCAGGCUUUUCUGGGAGGGCCAGGCAGUAGUAGUAUAGAAAGAGGGAGUAGGAAAGCUUGCCUGCUCGCCAAGUCCAUGCCUGCACUCUGCUGCUACCAUUACUUGCUGCUGCACCCGCAAGCUCAUCCCUUCACUUUUAACCCUCCUCUUUGCUGUUUUAGGGACUGCAAUCCCUUCUCGGUGAUCUCUUUGCUGAACUGGAGAUUUGGUACCCCCCUUUGUUUUUUCCACCAGGUCGCGAGGGUGCUCUGUUGGCCGUGGGUUUGUAGUGAUACACGGAGAAAAUCAGUACCUCCAGGUCUUUACAGCUGUGUAUGUGGUGGGCACAAGCAAUAUCCGACAUUGCACUUCGUCAAGAACUUCCUUCUAAAAGAUGUUGUGAAACAGAAAGGUCUUGUGACAAUGUCCGACUCGCCAGCAGUCCCAAAGUUGAAGCAUGGAAAAGUCCGAAAUCUUUUACCCCCAGAGGAAUCUGAGAUGAAACCUGAUAAUGAACCUGAGGUCGAGGGGAUCAAGAAAUCGACUGAUAUUGCCACUUCAGAGCCAACAGAUAUCGAAACCAAAUGGGUUCAUAAUGACACCCACGACGGAUAGAUCAAACAGUGUAGAAUUGAUUCGUGGGAAUUCCUAAUUGAUGUUAGUUCCCGCAGGAUCCAGGUUUGUUUGUACAGAUAGGGCAGCAGAACUAAUGUGGUAAUUUUUUGAGUGCUGGUUGUUCUUCAGCAUUUCCUUUGCAGGAAGCAAGGACUGACCGUACACUCGACAUUCUCGAUUGUGAAGUAUAUUAUUUGUUUUGCGCAUUCACAUGUUUGUCACUAGUUUCACAAUGAAGACGCCAUAGUUAGAGUUGAAAUGUAUUUUUCUCGUUCAAUCUGUAAGAUCGUCUUCAUUUCAUUGUC